AGAUCCAAACCAGCCUGUUCCACAGGACACAAAGUUCAUCCACACAAAACCCAACCGCUUUGAAGAAGUGGCCUGGUCCAAAUAUAAUCCUAAAGACCAGCUUUAUCUGCAUAUUGGCCUGAAACCCCGUGUUCGUGAUCACUACCGAGCAACAAAAGUUGCUUUCUGGUUGGAGCUCGUACCACACCUUCACAACCUGAAUGAAAUAUUUCAGUAUGUUUCCACAACAACCAAAGUCCCCCCUCCUGACAUGACAUCAUUUCCUUAUGUGACACGACGUUCUCCUGGUAAAUUGUGGCCAGCCACCAAACGCCCAGCGAUGACACCUGCCAACAAUCCCAAACAUUCAAAAGACACCCAUAAAACAGCUCCGGAGGAUACGACAGUUCUGAUAGAAAACAAGCGAGAUUACUCCACAGAGCUGAGUGUCACCAUUGCUGUGGGGGCAUCUUUGCUGUUUCUCAAUAUUUUAGCUUUUGCUGCAUUAUAUUACAAGAAGGACAAGCGGCGUCACGAGACUCACAGGCGCCCUAGCCCCCAGAGGAACACGACCAAUGAUAUCGCACACAUACAAAAUGAAGAGAUUAUGUCGUUGCAGAUGAAACAGCUAGAACAUGACCACGAGUGUGAGUCACUGCAGGCCCAUGACACGCUGAGACUAACCUGUCCGCCUGACUACACGCUUACUUUGAGAAGGUCCCCAGACGACAUCCCGCUAAUGACACCCAACACCAUAACCAUGAUUCCAAAUACAUUAACAGGAAUGCAGCCUUUGCAUACUUUCAACACCUUCAGUGGAGGACAAAACAGUACAAAUUUGCCCCAUGGACAUUCGACCACCAGGGUAUAGCUCAGCCCUUUCCCCUCUACCCUCACAAGCCACUUGGAAGAAAGAAAAAAAAAAAGAAAAAAAAAAAAAAAAAGAAGAGGAAAAAGUUAUAAUACCAUCCAUUGAACGCCUUGUCAAAAUAUAAAGUAAAAACAACUAAAAGAGAAGGACAGUCAUUAUUUUCUUAUCGAUCCUUCCCACAGAAACUCUCUGAUGUUAAAGAUCAACUACAAACCCUGUGAAAUGUGAAAAGUGUACAUUGCUGUUACGAUACUGCUUUAAGAUCUCAGCCACUUUGAUUGAAAGUUGAGGCCAGAAGAAGUCACUUAAAAUGGUGUUUUGAGUGUAACAAGCAAAGCAGAGUCUUCUGGAACACAGAGCCAGUGACUGUACAGGUGUUUUGGGUUUUUUUU